AUGUAUGAAAACCAGACGAGAACAGUUGCCAAACUGCGCGAGCGCGUAGAGAAUCUCCUCUCUGAGCAGAGGCGUUCCCGACCGUCUUGCCGGGUUUUGAUUGCUUUGGCUGGCGUUCCGGGGUCGGGCAAGUCUACCGUCGCGGCCACACUCAUUGACGAUUUGAAGAGACACGGAGUUGACGAGGCUGCAAUCCUUCCGAUGGAUGGAUUUCACUACCCACGCGCCGUACUUUCCUCCUUCGACGACCCUGAUUUGGCCCUCAAGCGACGUGGCGCACCAUUCACCUUUGACGCGCACGGCUUCUUGAAGCUUAUACGGCGACUGAAGACGGUGCCGGUGACGACAUGUGAUGAGCCUCAGAUCGUCAUUAGCGCUCCUAGCUUCGACCAUGCAGUGAAGGAUCCCCUGCCAGACGGCAUCACGAUAUCGUCUCGGACGAAGGUGGUCAUAAUCGAAGGCAACUACACACUCCUCGACGAGGAUCCAUGGAACAGCAUCGCCGAUCUCGUGGACGACAGGUGGUUUGUCGACGUCCCGACAGACGUGGCACGAGAACGCCUCGCGUCCCGACAUUUGAGGGCUGGGAUUGAGGCAACGAUGGAACGGGCCCUUUUGCGUGCAGAAGAGAACGACGUACCGAAUGGCGAUCAUAUCCGCUCCAACCUGAUUGAGCCAACAGUCCGCAUUCUGAACUAG